AUGGCGUCUAGCAGUAGGGUCUCCUACACAGAUUUGCUAAAUCCCUUGUUCUUGCACCCCUCUGAUGGCCCACUAUCGAUUAGUGUGUCAAAGCUACAGGGAGCUGUUGAUUAUAGAGCAUGGAAAAGACAGUUCGAGAUUCAAGUCUCAGCAAAGAGAAAGCUUGGUUUUGUGGAUGGCUCGGUCACUCGCAGCACUACAGACAUCAAUGAGGCAGCUCAAUGGGACACUGUUAACAAUAUGGUAAUCUCCUGGAUCCAUAAUAACGUGUCUGAUACUAUUAAAUCCUCCAUUUUAUUUAUCAGUACUGCUAGUGAAAUCUGGUCACAACUUGCCAAACGUUUUUCCUUAACAAAUGGCUCUCACAAAUACAAGCUCAGUCGAGAUUUAUUUAAUUUAAAACAAAAUGGUGCCAAAGUUCAUGAGUAUUUCACAAGUUUGAGCUCUCUCUGGGAAGAGCUUGAUUCCAUGAAUGGGUUACCAACGGUUGACAUCAUGACACCAGAUGUAACUAAGCUACUAAUGGCCAUACAAACCAUGAAAGAGGAAGCAAAGUUAUUCCAAUUUCUUAAUGGCCUUGAUGAUUUAUACGGUCCUCAACGGAGUCAGCUACUCAUGAUGUCUCCUCUGCCUUCUGUCGAAAUGGCAUGCGCUGCUGUGCAGCAAGAUGAGUCACAAAGGGAAGUCUUAAAUCAGUCUCUUGUGAGCGAAACUGAUGUGUCUGCUAUGUACAGCAAGGGGAGCACUGAAAAGGUGAUGAUUUGUGUGGCUUGUGGUCUUAAAGGUCAUACUAGAGAGCGAUGUUGGACUGUGGCGGGGUACCCCAAGUGGCAUCACAAGUAUCGAAAACCAGGGCAAAAGUUUGUCUCAAACAAGCCAGGUGUAACAAAGAUGGCUAACAACGCACAAGGCACUGUGAACAGUUCUGAUGAAGUGACAAUGACUACUCACCAACUUGAGCAGUUGUUAAAAUUGUUGCCCAAAGAUAGCUCCAAACGAAUGACUCUGAUGAGGAGCUCGAGUAUGUUUUUUCUGGAAUGGUGA